CUUCCGGCGGAAAGGGCGAUGGCGGCCGGGCUGCUGCUGGCGGCGCUGGGCGCGGCGCUCGGUCUCUUCGCCUCGGCGGGGAAGAUGAAGAUCGUGGAGGAGCCGAAUACGUUCGGGUUGAAUAACCCAUUCUUGCCUCAAACAAAUAGUCUGCAGCCAAAGAUGUCCCCGUCUGCAGUAUCAGGCCCUGCACAUCUCUUUAGGCUUGCUGGCAAGUGUUUCAGUUUUGUGGAAUCCACGUACAAGUAUGAGUUUUGUCCUUUCCAUAAUGUCACUCAGCAUGAGCAGACUUUUCGAUGGAAUGCCUAUAGUGGGAUUUUAGGAAUCUGGCAUGAAUGGGAAAUUGACAACAACACAUUUGUUGGAAUGUGGAUGAGAGAAGGAGACUCCUGUGAAACUAAAAGCAGACAGACAAAGGUUCAUCUUGUUUGUGGAAAGAGCAAUAAAUUGGCUUACGUGUCUGAGCCAAGUACUUGUGUUUACUCUUUGACAUUUGAGACUCCUCUCGUGUGCCAUCCCCACUCACUUUUAGUUUAUCCAACUCUGACUGAAGCACUGCAAAGGAAGUGGGAUGAAGCAGAGCAGCUUCUGUACGAUGAACUAAUAACUGACCAGGGUUACAAAAAAAUUCUGAAAGAGAUUUUUGAGGAAGCAGGACUUCUAAAAGCAACAGAAGAAAAGGAAGUUGAAAAACGGAGUAAGAAAAUAACUCUGGAAUUUGAAACAGUGGAAAAGUGCAGUAAGGAAUACAAGCAACUUUCUGAAGAAAUGAAAAAACUUAGAAUUUUAUUAGGUCAGCGUGGUAUCGCAUACAGAGAAAAUUCUGCUGGAAAUACCAGUGUUGAGUAUGUAAGUCACCAAGUGGCAGCUGCAGUGUCAUCAGUUCUUAAUGGGUCAAAGGAUGAUGAGCCCCUGCAUGGCGAUACAGGAAUUUGGAAUUACACUGCAUGAAGAAACUUGGGUGGUACAGAACGUAAAUUAAACUGAACAUGUAUUAUGCCACAAAGAUGAUUUACCCUUUUGUGAGUAUUCUUAACUUUUUGAAUGUCUGCCAUAAAGCACAAACCCUUGUCUGUGUUCACGAGGAGCACCGAUGGCGGUGGUGUAACAUGGUCGAGAUGAGAGCAAUGCUGAGUUUGUGUGUAAGCUGAAAGAGUCGUGUGUGAUGGAUGAGUGUUAUGCUUUCUUUGUGCUGCUUUUGUUUUGGGUUUCCUGUAAUUAAUACUUCAGAAACAGAAAAACUAUUAUAUUGCAUUAAUAUGUAUUUAGCUUGCAUUCACCUGUAUUUUUCUGUAUUUGCAUUUGCUGCUGCAUUUCCAUGGAUCGCUCUGUAAGUAAAUUCACCUUUAACAGUGUGUCCAUGGAUUGUAUUUGUAAUUGAAUUUGCAUCUGUACUUGCCUUUGUAUACCUUGUGUUGCUGUGUUUUCAUGAAGUGUAAAUUUAAAAAUCCAUUAAAUAAAGUUGAAGCACCCCUA